GAGAAGAUGCUGUCGGAGUUCGCCUUCGUGCAGCGGGGGCUGGACUCGGAGGAGGGCCCCGGCCAGCACGCCUACGAGGUGGAGCGCGAGGAGCUCUUGCACGUGGACCUGGAGCGCCGGGAGGUCGUCUGGAGGCUGCCCGAGUUCCAGCACUACUCCGGGUUCUCCGUCGCCGGCUCGCUGGCGGGCAUGGCCGUGCUGCGACACAGCCUGGACAUCCUCAUGCGCCGCUCCAACAACACCCCGGCCCAGAACGUCCCCCCGCAGGUGACGGUGUACCCGAAGGACCCGGUGGCCCUGGGGGAGCCCAACCUGCUCAUCUGCCUGGCCGAUGGCUUCUCACCCCCGGUGAUCAACCUGACCUGGGUGAAGAACGGGCAGGAGGUGAAGCCGGGCGAGGAGACGGACUUCUACCCCAAGGCGGACAACUCCUUCCGCAGGUUCUCCUACCUGGCCUUCGUCCCUGACCCUGAGGACAUCUACUACUGCCGCGUGGAGCACUGGGGCCUGGCCCAGCCCCUCACCAAGGAGUGGAAUGCCAACAGUGCUGAGCCCCUCCCAGAGACGAAGGCGAACGUGGUGUGUGUCCUGGGCCUGGUUGUGUGCAUCACGGGCAUCAUCGUGGGCGUUGUCUUCAUCAUGAAGAUCCGGCGGUUGAAUGCGGCCAACGUACGCCGGAGGCCCACAUGGCGGAUGCGCCUCCCUGCUGAGAUCUGCCCCUGCCUCUUCCUCCACUUGCAUCCUUCGUGCCUCCUUUCUUGGCAAAACCUUUCCUCCUGGGGAGGGGGCACUCUCCUGAUCCCCAACACCCUCUGAUGUGGCCCUUCCCACCAAUAUGGCUCCCACACUGAAAUGGCCCAGCACGGGGCAGCCAGGGAAGGAGAGAGAAUAACACGGCAACACCCGGGGUUUAGUCCUGGGGUUUAGUACCAGACGUCAUCCAUUUAAUUAAUUAUGGAAAGGUUACUGCUGCUACUGGUUUUAUUGUAUUUAUUGCUGUAAUUGAGAUUAUUCGAUUGUUUUCUAGCUGAAAUGUAUUGUGUUUGGUUGGCUUGUAAACCGCCCUGAGCCCUUUGGGGGUAGGGCGGUCUACUAAAUCAAAUCGACGACGUCCACACGACAACGACAACAGCACAGCCGUGCUAGCUCCACCCCCAGUGGGCUCGUAUCAAUCCCUUCCAUUUUUGCUUAGAUCAAGGGAGACCCCACUGACAGCCAGAGCAGUUUCCAUUCCUGAUGCCCCAGCAUCUCUUCCCAAGGGGAGGGACUCCCCCCUCACACCAGUCCUUGAAGCCCUCCAGUCUGGGGGUGCAGAUGGGGAUUAGCAGUGGGAGACUUUCUGUCUCUUCCCACGUUCUUUGCGUGUCCAAGGGUGUAUGUGUGGGGGUGUGGGUGUGGGUGUGGGUGUGGGUGUGGUGUCUCAGCCUACUUCUGCAUCCAAAGGACCUCUGGAAACAACCGGCUUGGAACCUUACCUGGGCUGUGCUGCUGGCCACUUGAUUUCCACCCUGUCAGGGAUCUGGAGAGAGCCUGCCAUGUUCCAGAGCAUCCCACUAGUGGGAAGUCUUAGAGCUCCCUGUCAGUGAAGAAGGACAGCUGACUGACUCACCUUUGGACUGGCUCUUCUCCUGUUUACAGCAGCCUGACAGGCAGAAGUCACACAGUUAAAAGCAUCUUGUAUAGCGGAGAAAUUCAGGUGAGUCGCCAUGCUGGUCUGAAGCAGCACUUUUAAGACCAACCAAGUUUUAUUCUUGGGAGAAGCUUUUGUGUGCAUCUGCACUGAGGCCAUUAGACCAAAGCCUUUUUCACAUAAUAGGAGUUAGAGGAAAACCUUCUGAGUUGGGAGUGUGACUCACAGGAGCGCCAUCGGCUCAAUUCCUCUGCUGUUCAGGGCUCAGAGGCGGUGGGGUCAGUAGAAAAGGAAUCUCCCUGGUAGUUGGUUUCCUCUGUGUAGGAACCUCGCUGCCAGCGAGGGAGAGAAGGACCUGAUCCCUCCACACAGGAGUGGACAGGCGGUGAAGCCAUCAGGAGAUUUUGUGCUCAGAAAAUUCUGUGCUCACCAUGCACCAACAGCCCCUCAUCCCAUAAUAAUUCUGGGUUGGGGUCCCCUUCAGUGGUCUCCGGAAUGAACCUAAGGCUUCCUCUAGAGCAAAUCCCCCAGCCCUGGCUCUUUUAUGAGUCUGAGGUAAAGGAUAGAGAAUAAAUAUAAAUA